CCUCAAACUCAAUACACCUAAUUCUUUUUGUAUGUGUAACUGAAAAAUCAGCAUAUAUAACAUCCGAAUGGAGCACUGUAGUUGGAGUUCAGUAAGUUUCCCCAGUAGCUAAAAUGAUGCGAGCUUUGAACUUGAAAAUAAGCGUAUUGAUGGUAGGCGGUACACAGAAGAUUUGUUUUCUCUUGGUAACCUUAUUAUGAGAAAAUUUAUACUUCUAAUGGCCGCAUUUUCUGCCCUAAACAUCUCUAGCAGUAAUUAUGCUGUCGUCAAGUUAUUAUCAGAAGAAGUCUUGGUUUUUCUUAGCCAAAAUUCUAAAGCAUAACCUCAGAGUUUGCAGGUCUAUCAGUUGCAAUGCCAUUGCAACAGAUUUUACAGAUAAAAAUUCAAACAUCCGUGAUUUCAAUUUUUCUGUUCAUACCACAAAUUUUCUACAUGAAAAUGUAAGAUUGAGUGAAGCAGAUACGAACAUGUAUGGAAAUCUCUUACAGGAAUGCGUAAAGAUGAAACGUCUCUUAGACGGAAAAAUAUUGCAUUCGCACAUGAUCGAAAGUGGGUUUGAACCCGAUAUUUUUGUAUACAACAAUCUGAUCAACAUGUAUGCAAGGUGUGGAAGUAUACUGGAUGCACGUCAAGUGUUUGACAGAAUGGCUGAACGCAGUGUGGUGACAUGGAACGCCAUGAUUACUGGGUAUGUGCAGAGUGGGUAUGGUGUGGAGGCUUGGAAAGUUUUUCGUGAGAUGAGAAAGGAGAGCAAUGCGGAUUUGAGAGAAACGAAUCAUACGAUUACGAGCCUUCUUAAGGCAUGCUCUGUAAUGGAUGACGUGGAAAUGGGUAGACAGGUUCAUGGUGUUGUUGUGAAGAGUGGGAUCGAGUUGAAUGUGUUUGCAAGGAGUGCUAUGGUGGAUAUGUAUGCUAAAUGUGGAAGAGUUGAUGAUGCAAGACAAGUGUUUGACAAAAUGGCUGAACAAAAUGUAGUUUUGUGGACAGCCAUGAUUGCAGGCUAUGUUCAGUGUGGGCAAGGGGAGGAAGCACUUAAUAUUUUUGCAGACAUGUUAAAGGAAGGUGUGAAUGUGAAUCAAUUCACCUUUUCCAGUGCUUUCGGUGCUUGUGCUAUUGAAGGUGGUUUGGAACAAGGCAAGCAAGUCCAUGCAAUGCUUGUCAAAUCAGAUUCUGAGUUGGAUGUCUUUGUGCUGAGUGCCCUUGUUGACAUGUAUGCUAAAUGUGAGAAUAUGGAGGAUGCAUGCAGAGUGUUUGAUAGAACGGACAAACGAAGUGAGGUGCUGUGGACGGCAAUGAUUACAGGAUAUGCACAGAAUGGGCUUGACCAAGAAGCUCUCCAACUCUUUGAAGAGAUGCUAUGGGUUGGCAUGAAACCAAACAACUUCACUUUUGCUAAUGCUCUCAGGGCAUGUGCAAGCUUAGUCGCGUUAGAACUUGGAAGGCAAGUCCAUUCCCAUGUUAUUAAAUCUGGAUAUGAGCUCAACUUAUUUCCAGCAAGUACACUUGUUGACAUGUAUGCUAAGUGCGGCAAUAUAGAGGACGCAUUAGAAGUUUUUGAAGCAAUGCCUAAACGAAAUGUGGUCUCAUGGAAUGCAAUGAUUACAGGAUGUGCUCAGCACGGUCUAGGAAAGGAAGCCCUUAAAUUCUUUGAACAAAUGAAGCAGGAAGGCACAGAUCCAGACCAUAUCACCUUUGUUGGUGUUCUCUCUGCAUGCAGCCAUGCAGGGCUAGUGGAGCAAGGGCGUAAAUACUUUGAUUCCAUGGGUUCUAAUUAUGGAAUUGAAGUCAGACAAGAACACUAUGUUUGCAUGGUUGAUCUUUUGGCCCGUGCUGGGCUUCUAGAUGAGGCAGAACACUUCAUCAAUUCGAUUGCCCUUCCCUCUGAUCCUUUAAUUUGGCGAACUUUGCUCAGUGCCUGCAGAAUAUAUAGCAAUAUAGAGUUAGGAAUACGGGCAGCAAAAAAUCUUCUUCAUUUAGAACCAUAUAAUGCUUCAACAUACGUUCUCCUCUCAAACAUGUAUGCUUCACUUGGUAAGUGGGAUGAUAGAGCACAUGUGAGUAGUAUGAUGGAGAAAAUGAGGAUAGGAAAGGAUCCUGGAAGCAGCUGGAUUAUUGUCCAGAACAAGGUGCACACUUUUGUUGUAGGAGAUAUAUCACACCCACAAACAGACGAAAUUUAUGCAAACAUGGAGAGCUUGGCGGGAAAGAUGAAAGAGGCAGGGUAUGUGGCUGAGACAAAUUCUGUGCUGCAUGAUAUGGAGGAGGAGAACAAAGAAUAUUCUGUAGGUCACCAUAGUGAGAAACUUGCGAUUGUAUUUGGUUUGAUGAGUUCAUCACCUGGGACACCCAUUCGUGUUUUUAAGAAUCUCCGUGUCUGUGCUGACUGCCAUAAAGCAACCAAAUUCAUUUCAAAGCUUGUAGAGAGGGAAAUCAUUGUGAGAGAUGCUAAUCGCUUCCAUCAUUUCAAGGAAGGGUUAUGUUCCUGUGGAGAUUAUUGGUGAGAAACAGUGAAACAUACACAAAAUCAAUACAAUUUUCAUUGCCUCAAGAAAAAGUUGACAUUUUCAGCAAGAUUUUGGGAGGAGAUCAUACAUAUCAAGCGGUUCAUCACUAUAUUCUGGAAUCCUUGGCUAAUAUAUGGCCACUCUAUUAUCAGAGCUUCAUGGCCAAAAUUGCAGCAUGAUCAAAUGUGCAGGCAUCUGGAAAUGCAAGGCUGGUUUCAUGGUUUUUUAUUGAUUAAUUAGAGUGAUUUAAUGGGGUCCUCACCUCAUGAAAUCCUAAAGAUUAACCAGGCCUAGCUGGUGAGAUCACAACAGGGGCCCUUAUCCCCAAGCAUUAAUGCUCAUCCAAGUCCACAAGCUCAGGAGCCCAACGAGUGUGUAAAAGCCUGCGAACACAUGUCCAAGUAUUAAUGCUUGUCCAAGUCUGUAAUCUCAGCAGCCCAACGAAGGUGUAAAGCCGCAAGCACAAUAACCCAACAAGGAUUUGAACCUGGGUGUAUGUUGAAACAACACUACAUCCUAACUAUCAAACUAUUCCCUUAACAGCCUUUCAUAUUUUAAAAUUAUUGGAACUACAAGAUUGCGAUUCUGCAAGAGUAAUGAGUGAUCUCGUAUCCUAUAUUCACAUUGCACAAAUAUAGUCUCAUGUAUACAAACCAUUCAACCAUUCCUAUAGAGAGAACUGAUUUAUGAAUGAGAAAGUUUGAGCAUACAAUGCAACAAGAAGUGGUCACCAAGCACAUGGUUAAAGAACAUAAUCAAUAGUGCCUGAGAAACUACGAGCACAGAGCACUACAUAUGUUGGGGGUGGUCCUACGAUGGCUGCUCAAUCAGAAAAAAUGGAGACAUUAUAUACAAUUGUUUUUAGCAUCAUUAUAGCCUUUAGUGGAAGAAGGGGUGUGGGCUCUUCAGUGGUUCUAACUUCUAGCCGAGAUUCAAAGAAGGCAUUCACCAAUUAUAUACAAUUCAUUAUUUAUUUCAGCUUCAUAAAUUCUAGCCAUGUUUUCAUGUUUUACAAGCAAUGGUCUAUGCCUCCAAGAUACUGCAAAACGACAGCAAUUCAUAAGCUUUUUGGAAGGAAACAUAAUAAAAAUGUGGAAGUCCACAUCAUGUAAGCAAAUAUGAUGUGAUCAGACGAGAAGAUUUUUGAAAUGUCACUCAAGUUGUCUUCACACCUUUUACUCAAGGUAUGUGGUGACUCUGAGUUUUUAUUGAUGUUGUAGAAGUUGUUCAAAAUGAAUGUUUUUAUUUGUUGAUUGAAAUGUGUUUCUAAAAGUGAUUGAAUGUUAUAAAAGUGGGGUGUUUCUUUU